AUGGUGAUUGUGUCAGACAACAGCCGGGGGCCCCAGGGAAGACCCCUGCAGGUGGGCUUCUAUGAAAUCAUCCGCACGCUGGGGAAAGGCAACUUUGCCGUGGUCAAACUGGCAAAGCAUAAAGUUACCAAAACACAGGUGGCCAUAAAGAUUAUCGAUAAAACCAGAUUGAACCCGUCCAAUCUGGAGAAAAUCUACAGGGAAGUGCAGAUUAUGAAGCUGCUUAAUCACCCACACAUCAUCAAACUCUACCAGGUCAUGGAGACAAAAGACAUGCUGUACAUUGUGACUGAAUAUGCAAAAAACGGGGAGAUGUUUGAGCACCUGACUUCAAACGGCCGCAUGAGCGAAGAGGAGGCGCGCAAGAAAUUUUGGCAAAUUCUCACGGCGGUCGACUACUGCCACCGGCACCACAUCGUCCACCGUGACCUCAAAACCGAAAACUUGCUUCUGGACGCAAAUAUGAACAUCAAACUGGCCGACUUUGGAUUCGGAAACUUUUACAAUGCGGGAGAGGCCCUGUCGACAUGGUGUGGCAGCCCCCCGUAUGCAGCCCCUGAAGUCUUUGAGGGCAAAGAGUAUGAAGGGCCUCAAUUGGACAUUUGGAGCCUGGGAGUAGUGCUUUAUGUGCUGGUAUGUGGCUCCCUUCCCUUCGAUGGUCCCAGCCUUCCUGCACUCAAGCAAAGAGUCACCGAGGGACGCUUCAGAAUCCCUUUCUUCAUGUCCCAAGACUGUGAAAACCUCAUCCGCAAAAUGUUGGUGGUGGACCCAGCAAAGAGGAUCAGCGUGGCCCAGAUUAAACAGCACCGCUGGAUGCUGGCAGACCCCUCGGCAGCCCGUCAGACCCUCAGCCACUCCCUUACCGAUUAUAACUCCAAUCUAGGAGACUAUAGCGAGCCUGUGUUGGGCAUCAUGAACACCCUGGGGAUUGACCGCCAGAGGACCAUCGAGUCUUUGCAGAGCAGUAGCUACAAUCACUUCUCAGCAAUUUACUACCUGCUUCUGGAAAGGGUCAAAGAGCACCGCAACCAGCAACUGAGCCAUCAGUGUGGAAGCUGGACCCAAAGGCAGAGGAGCAUCUCUGACACCACUGGAGCUGAGAAAGUCAUGGUGAAGGCAGACUGCUUCAGAACGGCGCCUUUCUCCAUUCCCAACAAAAACAUCGGUCUGCUCCAAUCGGAAAUGGAGUGCGAUCAAGGCGGAUUGUUCCAGCGUGUGGUCUUCCCAUUGGAGGCCAGCUUCAACAGGCUGCUGUGGAACCGGUCCAUAUCACCCAACAGUUUGCUGGAGACCAGCAUCACCGAGGAGGUGCGCCCCCGGGACCUGGAAGAGGAGGAGGCGAUGCAAAGCCUGGGGCCGCUGCUGCCCCACGCCGGCACCUCGCGUCGCCACACUCUAGCUGAGGUCUCCGCACGCUUUCACCAGUGCAACCCUCCGUGUAUUGUCGUCAGUCCAUCCGACGGCACCUCUUCUGACAGCUGCCUAAAGUCAUCAUCUAGUCCCACCACGACUCUGCAAGCUCCCACGGGUGGUGACGUGUCAACACCUCCCGAGGGUGCCCACCUGCUUGCUGGCGCCCCGUUGGCUCUCUCCUCGCACCUUCUGCCCCAUAUCCAGGGGAGCCUUCCCGCAGCCAGCUUCCAGGAGGGUCGCAGGGCUUCUGACACCUCCCUGACACAAGGCCUCAAAGCUUUCCGGCAGCAGCUGAGAAAAAACACUCGCACCAAAGGACUCCUUGGUUUGAACAAAAUCAAAGGUUUGACGAGGCCCGGUGCAUCGCCUCCGUCCUCUAACCGGGGCAGCCGUGGGUCUCUGGGUCCCGCCCUCUCCGAGCACCGCAGCAUGCUAGAGGAAGUGCUCCACCAGCAACGGAUGCUGCAAAUCCAGCACCAGCCGCAACAACCUCAGGUCCAGAAUACUCCACCAGGACCCACCCCAAAUCCUUUGCGGUUUCUGUCCCAGCAGCAGUCACCUUCUCCUCCGCCUACUUCAGUAUUCGCCCCAGCUCCUUUGUUUGAAGCACCCUCGCAACCUCACGGGCUCUGGCAGCACGUCCCAGAGACCGCCUCCGCGUCUUUGUCUCCCGUGGCCUCCGCCGCUUACCUACUGGAGGCACGUCUGCACAUCAGCCCACACGCACAACGCCACCACCAUGCCCAAAUCCACCAACGCCUCCCUGGCCCGCCACAACUGGGCGUCUUGCACUUUGACGGCAAACACGCCACCUGGGCCGCGGGCUCAUCGUCCGGCACCGAGCAGAGUUUGACGGGUCAGACGCCGCUGAACAGCUGCGUGAUGGUCAAGUAG